AAUCUUCAUGCGCCUCCCCGCAUAUAAAGACUCCGCCUUGUCGCUUCUAGACAUUCAGACUUGCAACAAACUCCAGGUGGAUCUGUCAGUACUCUGUUACUACAUCGUAAUUUGUUUGGACAAAACACUGUUGGUGUUCUGAGUAAAAAUGCCUCUGGCUAAGGAUCUGCUGCACCCCAGGUUUGCAGAGGAGAGGAGAAGACAUAAGAAGAAGAGGCUGGUGCAAAGCCCCAACUCCUACUUCAUGGAUGUUAAAUGCAUGGGUUGCUAUAAAAUCACAACCAUCUUCAGCCAUGCCCAGACAGUGGUGCCCUGCUCAGGAUGCUCUAUAAUCCUCUGCAUGCCCCGAGGGGGGAAAUGCCAACUAACAGCAGGCUGCGCCUUCAGGAAGAAAUAUUCAUGAGCACUAAUAUGCCAGAACACCCAGGACAAGCUGAAGGAUGGACCGUGGAUAAAUAGGUCUGAGCCACACUGGCUGUGCCGCAAAUCCGUACUAAAUAGAGGAAUCGCCUCUAUUUAUCUCGAUAAUGUAGAGUGAUAUUUCUCCCUCAUGUGGUGAUUGAGCAAAAGAUGAGAUAUAAGAGUAAAGAUUAGACCAAGAUUCAUAUAGUGUCGCUAUAUGACAGAUUUUUUUUACAUCUCUGCAUAAAAAUUUUCUGAUUUUUACAAAGGUCCUAAAAACAGACAAAGAGAACCCAGUUUAACCAAUGAAAUAGAAAUAUUAUACGUAUAUCGUAUAUUUGAUCAUUCAAGAAAUGCAGUAAUGACAGUAACUUUUCAUUUCCGGUAACCGCUGAUGAGUCAUUUAUGGGGGCUUGGGGGAAUUUUAGCGCUUCAGUUCUUAAAUGUUGGCGGGUCUCCUCACAUGAACUGUUUGCUUCAGGUGCUUCCACAACAUUUCUAUUUGAUUAAGGUCAUGGCUUUGACUUGGUCGUUCUAAAAUAUUAAUUUUGUUCUUCUUUAACCACUGACCAAUCAUUCUUGACAUUUAACUGUGUGCUACAGUUUAAUCCUAAUCUUAAUAGAAGGUAUCUGAGAAUGAUAAACUUUGUGAAUAGAUGUUACCCUUCAGCUCCUUUAUUCGGAAGAUAUAAACUUUCUGUAUAGAUUUAUUAACUUAACUAUUUCCCAGGUGUUUUUCAAAACUUUUUCUUUUUUUCAUCUGAUAUUCACUCUUACUCCACUAGACAGUCAAAGAAAUUCAUUGCCCUUUAUGUCAGACUUCCUCAGUUCAACUUUCACUGCAUUGUAGAGGACCAUCUCUUAAAGCAUCCCCUUUGCUGGCAAUCUUUAAAGACCAGAUGAAAAAGUAUUUAAUCAAUCAUCUUUAGUGUGGCAUUAUAAUUUUUUUCUGUUUGGCAUUCUUAUGUUGAUUUUGAUGUUUUGCUAGGGAAAGUUCUGUGAUAAGCCUUCAGUGACUUCUAACGUCUCCGGCCAAUCUCUUUUUCUUUCCUUAUUCUGUACAUUCUAACAUCUGAACAGAUGGACUCCAAUCUGACCUUAAAAUAAACCUGUAAUUCUAGAAGUGCAAUGUAUUUGCAGACCACAGAUACAGAAUAUACAGAAUAUUGCCUAUUUGUCAAAAAUAAACAGAUACAUUAGUAUAAUAUUACUGUUUCAUUAGCUUGCUUGGGUUCUCAUUGUCUUCUUUCAUUUUAAUGCAUAAAUGUAGAAAAUUCUGAUGAAUGCAAAUCCUUUUAAGUGACACUGCAUAUGUAAGCACACUCCUGUAUGCUCAGAUUGAAUUAUAUACAUUUUAUGAUGAAGCACUUGAUGAAAAGACAAUUAAACAAUUACCACAGCAGUAGUAGAACAAAUUCAAAUGAUGCAGGAUUUCUGUAAAACAUUUAUUAAGUUGACAUGGAGGGGGAUGGUGACUGAAAUAUUUCAAAAUGGCAUCGAUCAAAUGUGAGGGGGCUUUCCUUGGCCCUGGCGUGAGAUGAAACCAUCAAAGAAAAAAUAAAACAUUUUAAGGUUUAA